CGCUUGCUGUGUACAUAAUUCUCUUUAAACGAGUGAAAAACUCAGCAGACAUUUUCCUGUUGGCUUCUAAAUCUCGAGCUAAAUCUUCCUGAAGGUGGUCCCGGGCCAGUAAUGGCUAGCUCUCUCAGUUGUGACCUGACUGGACUCCCUAGCUUUAUAUUACAGUUCGUUCUAGGCUGUGUUGCUUUCAGUACACUGAUAAUUAAACGUUAUAGAGAGAAAAAAGAAGUGAGACGACCUGUUUUAAUAUGGAUUGCCGAUUCUUCUAAGCAAGCAAUAGCAAUGCUUGGUGCUCAUUUUUGUAACUUGUUAUUAGCCCAACUCUUACCACUAGAGGACACAGACCACUGCAUCAUAUAUCUUCUAAAUUUCCUUCUUGACUCAACCCUAGGCAUCAUCAUUAUAUAUGUUCUUUUAAAAUUAGUUAAAUGUAUCGUCAACCAUUUUAACUUUACUCCUCUCAAAUCUGGGGAAUACGGUGUUCCAUUUCGUUGCAACUAUUGGCUAGCUCAGUGUGGAGUUGUGUUACUGGUUAUGCUAGUAAUGAAACUAGUCAUUGGGCCAAUGGCUGUGUUUCACUUCUGGACAAAAGUGGGUCACGUCAUACUGCCUUUCAAGAACAAAGAGCUGAGGACAGCAGUAGUAAUUUUUAUUGUUCCUUUUAUAGUAAAUGUCAUGAUGUUUUGGAUUGUUGAUAGCAUCAUUAUGAGAAGCAAUGACGAUGUUAUCCUUUACAAGAAAAACGACGAAAAACACCGUCAUAGCAAAGAGCCUGUGAAAUUUAGAAGAAAGCAUCAGAACGUGUACCUCCCUCUAUCUAAUGGAGACACACAAGAGUUUGAUGAAGAAGGAAUGGACAGUACUCCUACUGGAUCAAUGGAAAAUUUAACUGUUUAAUUAACGGAAGAUUUAAAAUUAUUCGUUAUUAUGUAUAUGUGUUUGUGUGUAAUUAACGGUAACAGAUUAUUUUGAAUCAUAAAAGGUGUAUCUUUCUGGGGUACCAUAGAUAAA